CGUCUCUGUCGUCUCUCUUCGUUCUCAAUGAACCGCAGCCGGAGAACUUCCCACUGCCUCCUUCGGACAAAGUUUUGAGGAGACUUUAGCGUCGUUGGCGCUUUCGACCCCUUCCCUCCAUCAGGAGGAAGGAGUCAGGCCGGCCUCCAGCUUCGCGCGUGGGCGCCGUGGAAACCCUUGAGGGAUGGACUAGCGCGGCGAACUUAGACACCAAGCCGGAGAGAGCCAAGGAGAGGAGGAAGAGCAGCGCCCGCAGGAGAGGAUGGUUGCUCGGACCAAGUAGCGUCAACAUGAUGUCUUCUGAGAGCCUCAUGUGGUGCUGUCUAUGGAAAUGGAAGCUUCAUUUGCUGUUCUUAUUCACUAUUUAUCUGACGCAUGUGCAGCAUUCAGCUCUUGGAUGCUCUGAAUGUCAAAUGGCACUCACCAACCCCACAGGAUUUUUUUCUUCUCCCUGCUUUCCUAGUGAUUAUCCCAACAGUCAAGCAUGUAAAUGGACCAUAAGAGCUCCUUCUGGAUUCAUAAUUCAAAUAACAUUUGUUGAUUUUGAAAUUGAAGAAGCUCCAAACUGCAUUUAUGACUAUCUGACACUGGACACCGGAGACAAAAAAGUUAAUUUUUGUGGAGUCACUCCUAGAGGUUUAUCAUUUAACUCUUCUGGGAAUCAAAUGGUUGUUUCAUUCACAAGUGAUUUUAGUAUCCAAAAGAGAGGCUUCAAUGCUAGUUAUAUCAGAGUUGCUGUGUCCUUGAGGAAUCAAAAAGUCAUCAUUCCGCAGUUCGUGGACGUUGAUUCUGUGUCUCUGGCAAAUACCAUUCAAGUACCAGAUCUCCAUCAGUUCACUUUGUGCUUUGAAGCAACAGAAAACAGAAAUGAUGGCCGUGAAUGGAAGGCUUUUUCCUAUAGCGACUCUUCAUCUACAGAAUUAGUCAGUUUUGGAAAAAAACAAAGUGGCCAUUUCAUAUUUAUCUUGGGCACAGAAUGUCAGUUAGAUGAUGCACUGGACACCAAUCCACAAGGAGACUUUUUCACAGGAACGUUUGAGCAGCUUUGCAUUAUAUGGGAUAGCUUCUCUCACACUAUAGGAGUGAGUGCCAAAAAUGUGUAUAAAACAUUAUACUGUUCAGAUAGUUAUGGAAAAGUAAUUCCUGGUAAUGGAAAGUUGAUUCUGGGCUCUGACAGAAGCGAAGUGAGCUCUCUCAGUGGGGAUAUUUACAACUUCCGUCUUUGGAAUUUCACAAUGAACUCCCAAGCACUUUCCAAUCUCAGCUGUGAUGUGAAAGGCAAUGUUGUAGACUGGGAAAAUGACUUCUGGAAUAUCCCAGCAUCAUCCCUGAAAGCAGAAAAUAAUUUGAGCUGUGGAUCCUAUCUCAUUCCCUUACCAACAAUUGAACCCACCAGCUGUGCAAACCUAGGAAGCCUUUGUCAAGCUACUGUAAAUUCCACUAUUACAUCACCCACUGUUACCACUAACAUGCCUGAUACUAACAGAACCGAUAAACAAAAGAAUGGGGGACUGUUCUACAGAAUUGCUAUUACUGUCUACAAUUACAACGUUGAUGAAGAAUCAAAAGUGCAGAGCACAGUUGCAGAAUGGCUAAAUCACACUUUUCAGAAUUGGAAUUACACUGUAUAUGUGGUCAACAUCAGUAUUAUUCAGUCAAGCUCUGUGAGAGAAGGUCUGAGAGAAAAGAGAAACUUAGAUCCUCAAAGUUUUGAAGUCCGGGCUCUUUUGGUUUAUAAUUCUACAAACAAUAUAAGUUUAGAAGAAGAAACCAUUCGGAACAAGCUCAUAAGUAGUAAUGAUACAAUGGGGAAUGGCUUAAGGCUCCAUGAAGUGUAUGUUGAUCCAAUCGAAAAAUGCAUGGCAGGGAAAGUCCCUGAAAAUUAUUUCUGGCCAGAAACCCGACCAACUGUGACCAGCUUUAUACUAUGCCAUGGCAGCUCCACCCAGAUUGCAUCCAGAACAUGUUUUCUAGAUCAACAAAAUUACACAUCAUUCUGGGGACCUCCUGACCUUAGAAACUGCACAGAAAAUGCAGCUGAUAUAGCCAAUCAGCUGCUGAAUCUCACUGGAGAAGGUCAGCAGUUGACUUCAGACAAAGUUAAUGAUGUUGUCCAGAAGCUUAAAAAAAUUGUGAAUGAUGAGGAAAUUAAUGAGUCUUUGGGUUCUACAGUGGUCACAAUCUUUUCCAAUAUUUUGACCAGUUCUGACAAUGUUUUGGCAGCAGCAUCUUCUGAAGCUAUAAAGACCAUUGAUGCCUUAGCUUUAAAGAUUCAGUUUACAGGCCCCUCCAUGAGCAUCUCAACGCGGAAUUUGGCACUUGGAGUUUCAUCUCUAAAUUCAACUUUAUUCAGUGGAUCGUCCUUCAGUGUUGGUUCUCAGAACAAUGUUUCAGACUUUCAGAUUGAUUUUGACAAAACCCAGGCAAAUUCCCUGGCUUCUGUUGUUUUGCCUUCAAGCUUACUGAGGAACUUAAGUCAAGAAGAGCUUGAAGUUAUAUCCAGGGCUCAAUUUACCUUUUUCAACAAAAAUGGACUCUUCCAGGAUCGAGAUUCUAAUGGCACUUUAACCAGCUUUGUGGUGGCAUGUAGCAUUGGCAAUAUUACCAUACACAAUCUCCAAGAAGCUGUGAAGAUUACAAUAAAACAUACAGCUAAGCAUACCACAAAGCAGGAGAAAACUAAACCCUCUUGUGUCUUUUGGGAUAUGAAUAAAAAUGAUGGCCAAGGUGGAUGGAAUUCUACAGGGUGCUUUGCACAAGCAGAGUCAAAUGAAAAUGAGACAACCUGCCUAUGCAAUCAUCUUACACAUUUUGGUGUACUAAUGGAUCUCACAGGAACUGUUGCAAAAAUAGACGCGGAAAAUACCAAAGUCCUCACUUUCAUAACGUACAUUGGUUGUGGAAUAUCUGCUAUAUUUUCAGCUGCAACUCUUCUGACCUACAUUGCUUUUGAAAAAUUGCGAAGAGAUUAUCCCUCCAAAAUCUUAAUGAACUUGAGCACAGCCUUGUUGUGUCUAAACUUGGUCUUUCUCCUUGAUGGCUGGAUAGCAUCAUUUGACAUAGAAGGGCUCUGCAUUGGUGUUGCUGCCCUCUUACAUUAUUUCCUUCUGGCAACCUUUACGUGGAUGGGCUUGGAAGCUGUUCACAUGUAUAUAGCCUUGGUGAAAGUGUUCAAUACCUACAUUCGUCGAUACAUUCUAAAAUUUUGUGUAAUUGGCUGGGGCUUGCCUGCAGUGGUUGUAGUCAUUGUUCUAGCAAGCACAAACACAAAUGCAAAUCAUAUUUACGGCAAAGAUGUGUAUGGCAGAAAUUCUGUGGGGCAAGGUGGAGAUGAUUUCUGCUGGAUUAAAGACAGUAUUGUAUUUUAUGCGACCUGUGUUGGCUACUUUGGAAUCAUGUUUCUCAUGAACAUUGCCAUGUUCGUAGUGGUAAUGAUGCAAAUCUGUGGAAGAAAUGGAAAACGGAGCAACCGGACUAUGCGGGAAGAGAUCCUGAGGAAUCUUCGUAGUGUUGUUAGUUUGACCUUCCUGCUAGGCAUGACAUGGGGAUUUGCCUUUUUUGCCUGGGGGCCACUAUACCUCCCUUUUGUGUACCUCUUUUGUAUUUUCAACUCAUUGCAAGGUUUAUUUAUAUUUAUAUUCCACUGUGCAAUGAAAGAAAAUGUCCAGAAACAGUGGCGGCGACAUCUCUGCUGUGGUAGAUUUAGGUUGGCAGACAAUUCAGAUUGGAGCAAAACAGCAACUAACAUUAUUAAGAAGAGCUCAGACAAUCUGGGGAAAUCCUUGUCUUCAAGUUCCAUUGGUUCAAACUCAACUUAUCUGACUUCUAAAUCUAAAUCAGCAUCUAAUACCUAUCUUAAAAGAAAUAGCCAUUCUGACAAUAUUUUUCUUGACAAGCCUUCAUUAAAAUAUACCCAAGUGGAUACAGAGCAGACAUCAAUUAUUCCUGUUCACCAGGUUAUUGACAAAGUGAAGGGGUAUUGCAGUACUCGCUCGGACAACUUCUAUAAAAAUAUUAUUAUGUCAGAUUCUUUGAGCCACAGCACAAAGUUCUGAGGACAUUUGGAACAAGGAAAUGCAACAGAGCCUGAGAAUUCACAACGUGAAGGAUUUGCUGACUAAUUAAGGAAAUAAAUAUUAUGACCAUGUUGUGUUUUAACCAUUUUAUCAUCAUUUGUUUGCAACUCCUUACUGAAAAGAUUCUCCCUCUACCAUCCAUAGUUAUGGAAACAGAUCAUCCAAUUAGUUUUCUCCACUAUCACAGUAUUAAGGCUGAGACUUCUCCAUCAGUACAAUUGUCAGCUUUCUGCCAUGUCACAGUACAUUAAUUGUAUGUUAAUCCUGUUGAUAUCAUUGCCAUACAUGAAGCAUACUCUAUGGAUUGCUCGUUUAUGCCAAGACCAGAGCUAUACUUGAACAUACAUCACCCAUCAUGCUUUCAAACUCAAGCUGUCCAGUUCUUGAAAUAAGUGGAGAAGCCCACUGACAGGAGCUCUACUACACACAAAGUAGUGUAUUACUGCCUAUCAUUGCUAACACAUGCACCUUUACGCUCUGCUUUACAUUCAUAUGUUAAUAUGUAAAAUUAAUUGUAUCCAGGUGUGCCAGUCAAGAAAUCUAUAUGAAUCCAAGACACAUUUACUACUUCUUUUGAGUGUAUCUGCAUGUAGAGUCAUCCCUUUAGCUGGAAAAAUGAGAAGAGAUAGAGAAGAAUGAUGUAAGCCAUUUUUAGUCCCCCUUGGGGGGAAAGAUGGGGCAUAAAUGAUGUAAAUAGAUAAAUAAAAAGGCAAUAAUUACAUGGAUUAACAUGAUUUCAUUCUGCCAAAACAACUGAGGUAAGCAUACCCAAGGGUUUUUUUUAACCCAGCCCAGCACUCAUAUCACCAUCUUCCUCUAGUAAAUCAUCAUAUACAUGUUUUACUUCCUAGAUUUUCAUAUACCGAUCUGAAUUACACCCUAAGAUGAAAUACUAUGCCUACAAAUGCUUAUAUCCAAUGAAAAUAGUAGCCUUACAGAGGAAGCUUUUUUUUUUUACUGUCUAUCCUAUUUUCCUUUUAGAUGAAGUAACUGGCCAAAUGAACUAAAAAUUAGACUGGAUUGGUUGGAUCUUACCAUUUUUUUUCUGUUGUUGGAACUGGAAGAAGGGCCCCCUUUUGACUACUAUUUAAGCAUUAUGAAACAUGCAUGAAUAAAAGCCAUGUGGGAGGAUGGCUUCCAUGAGUUUGGUGAGAUUGUGUGGAAAUGCUGGAGGGAUCUCAUUGUAUUAAAGAUGGAUGUCACAAUGCUUCCUCCUGAAUAUUACUUCCUGUUUACUUUCUCCAUUCCCUAUCAAAAAUUUGUCUCCAACUACAAGUGAUCAGUUAUAUAAUCUCCUACAUUACCUGCUCGUAUUAUCCCCUAUGUAUGCAGUGGAAAAGUUAUUUAUCUGUAAAUCUUGAAUAUGUUUUAAUUCUUAUAAUUAAGUGUAACUCUUUCAUUAUGUAUCACGUAUAUUUAAGUGUAGAACUUCCUUACGUGUAGGCAGCCAAAUUAAAUUGGACAGUUACAGUGAAUUACGAACUACAAACUGUUUAGGUCCUGGCUAGAUGUCACUGGAAUUAAAGUUACUUAAACAAAGUGUUUCACCUUAGAUGAGUUGUGGAUCCAGCUGCAUAUGUAUCAGUUUUUGAAGACAUCAAAUCAUGGCGGAGUUUAAUGGGAUUAGACAACUUCAUCAUAGAGUGGAUGAUUUGUAUUUAUACACGAAAUAUGAUAUAUCUCUUUCCCAUAAUAGUUUUCAGUAUGAUUUCAAUAUCAUUUUUUCAGUUAAAAUGUUUAAGGUGAUGCGAAAAGAAACCAAAUGUCAAUAAAUAAUGAUAAUUUAAUAAAAUAUAAUGGGUUAGACCUAACUAGAUUUUUUGCUGGUGAAAAAGAGAGGACAGGGUCCUCUUUCACUGCCAAAAAGGCUCUGCUGGGGAUCACAGGGUCUGCGUGAACAAAAGCCCGAUGGAAUGGUGGCUGCAAAUUCUAAUUGAAUGCAUUUGACAAUCGAACUUAACAAGUUUUGAAGGUGUCAAUCAUUCAUGAACCAAUCACCCAGUCCUUUUUGGUUCAUGCUAAAUGGCUGUGAAUGCCUGCUGAACAGGUUUGCUUAUAGUGUUCCUCCCAAAAUUGAGCAUGUAUUGCCAAGCCAAAUACAUUAGCAGACAUUAGGGACUUCUUGGAUGAACACCAAAAUGUAGGAUUUUUUUAAUGCAGCAUUUAUUUAUGAUGGAUUUAUAUAAUUUGGAACUGAUUUAACUAUGAGUGAAUUCAUACAGUCACCAUUACCUGUUGCACCACCAGAAGGUUUUUUGUAGUUUUUCAAAUUAGUAAUUGCUAUGCAAAUUAACAUUUUGAUUAUCAAAUUCUACAGUCUCUGAAAUUCCAGCUUUUUUUAAAAAAAUAAAGUGUCUAACCCUUGUGGAGUUUUAAGGGGAAAGGUGCGGGCAGACAUUUAAAAAAAAAUUAAAGCUGGGACUACAGCGUUUGUAGAUCAGCAGUAGAUCAUUUGAUUGCUAGUUCACAAGUGCAACUAAAAAAACCUCCAAAAGCUUUCCAUUGGUAUGGACGUCAUGGCUGUAGGAAAAGUUGUUUGCACUGUAAUACUCUGUUAGGAAAGAAUACAGUGAAGCAGCCUUUCAAACAGCCACAAAUGGGCUGAUGAACAAUCAGAAAACUGGCCACCUGUUUACAAUUUGCAAACAAGCCAUGAGCCAAAUUAGUGGGUGAUUGUAUAUCCCUAGCUGUAGUAAGGAGGGGGAUUAGGAGAGUCUUGGUGAAAAAGGUGGUCAGAUCCAAUCCAAUAAAUUAAUUGUAAAAAGUAAACAUGUUCCUGUCUCAGUCUGCGCUGUGCUUAAUCUUCAGAUUAAUGUACAGUUUCCUCUAUUGUCAUUAAAUUACGAAUAGCCUUUGCUUUUACUACCAUGUAGUAAUCUUAAAAUGACUUUUUGGUUACACUUUUUCCAGUGCUGUUUCUUCUGUCAUAUGUUUUUCAAUGCAGAUCUUUCCUUUUGUUGUUGGCAUAGCAUUACCUUCCUUGUACAUAAUUAUUUAUUUUUGAGGUUUAAAAUAUGUCGACAUUGUGUAGCUGAGCAGUGGCCAUUGUUUUUGUUAUACAUAUCUGUUUCACAUUAGCAGAAAAAUUAGAAGAAAAUUCAUCUCAAGUACAUAGAUUUGUAUUUUUUCAUGUCAAAAAUAUACUGUGUAUUGUAUUAUUUUAGCAUUAUGAGGGAUAUGGUGAUGUAAUAGUCAGAUUUUACUCCAUAGGAGCUAGUGAGGUGAAUUUAGAUUCUGACCAAACCAGAAAUACUUAAAGAUUUAUUUCUACUGUUAGUACUUCAGAUAAUUAAAAAAAAUUUAUCACA